AUGGCUCUUAGUUAUAUUGGUAACGGAAGACUUAUCCAUAAUGCUGCAGCUAAAAUGGAAUUCAGAGCUAGCAGGAAUGAGGAGCCAGUCUACAUUAGGAGGAUGCCAACUUUGCAUCAUGCAGAAGAGGAAGCAAUUGCUUCACAUGUUGCAGCUUUAGGAUAUUCUGGCCUAGAUAUUACUAUUGCUGAUCUGCACAACUUCAUUCAAAAUGAACUGAAUAUACCUGAAAGCCACAUUUCUGAAUUUAAUAAUAAUCUUUGUGGCAGGGCUUUCAAUGUACCGGCUGGAGAGCUGAAGAUCAACAAAGAGGCUCCCCUGAGUCGGCUUAUUAAGGAACUAACAAAGCCGUCCACUAUCCACUUCUGGACCUUCACAGCCAAUAAUACUGAGACUCCUCUGCCAGCCAUCCUUCUCACUGACACUCAGGGUCUCCGCCAGAUGCCGCCACCACCCGAAGUCUGCGUCAAGGGAUGUCCAGCCAAAGAAUGGUUGACGCAGGAUCGAGUAGACUUCAUGGACACUACAGUGAGAGCUCUCACACGUACCCUCAUGAGUCGCCAGGGAAUCCAGCUUCCACAAACUGAUGCUGGAGUGACAAGUCUACCUUCCCUGGUGAUGACACUGAUGAUCGUCCUGACAGUCCGCAUAUACCAGUAGUACAGUUUACCAGUAGUACAAUGUACUAGCAGUACAGUGUACCAAUAGUACAGUGUACCAGUUGUACAGUGUACCAGUAGUGCAGUAUACCAGUAGUACAGUGUACCAGCAGUACAGUGUACCAAUAGUACAGUGUACCAGUAGUAUAGUGUACCAGCAGUACAGUGUACCAAUAGUACAGUGUACCAGCAGUACAGUGUACCAGUAGUGCAGUAUACCAGUAGUACAGUGUACCAGCAGUACAGUGUACCAAUAGUACAGUGUACCAGUAGUACAGUUUACCAGUAGUACAAUGUACUAGCAGUACAGUGUACCAGUAGUACAGUGUACCAGUAGUACAGUGUACCAGUAGUACAGUGUACCAGUAGUACAAUGUACCAGCAGUACAGUGUACCAGCAGUGCAGUGUACCAGCAGUGCAGUGUACCAGUAGUACAGUGUACCAGUAGUACAGUGUACCAGCAGUACAGUGUACCAGUAGUACAGUGUACCAGUAGCACAGUGUACCAGCAGUGCAGUGUACCAGUAGUACAGUGUACCAGUAGUACAGUGUACCAGAAGUACAGUGUACCAGUAGUGCAGUGUACCAGUAGUACAGUGUACCAGCAGUACAGUGUACCAGCAGUACAGUGUACCAGCAGUACAGUGUACCAGUAGUACAGUGUACCAGUAGUACAGUGUACCAGUAGUACAGUGUACCAGUAGUACAGUGUACCAGCAGUACAGUGUACCAGUACUACAGUGUACCAGUAGUA